UUCAGCAUUUUAAGCGCGGUGGUAACAGGGUUGGUCACCUUUUAGCACGGGAAGGAUUUCUCCGGAAACGCGAUGUCUGCUGGAUUGAGGAUGGUCCGAGUUGAUUCAGGCGAAGUUGCUGAAGAAGGUGAGAUAGUAGCUGAAGAGUUUCUUUUCGGUCAUGCUAAAGUGAAGCGUAGCCGUAUCGAAGAUCGGAUUAUCGAGACAUAUAUACACAAUUUAAGUGCGAGGGUACCACGUGUCAUUGAAAAACACUUGCAAGAGGCGGGAUUCUUACACGUGUCUCGUAUGCAUGGAAGGAUUAAAUUGGAGCCCGCACUUAUUAGUACGUUGCUAGAAAGAUGGAGACUUGAGACACACAUUCCAUCUUCCGUAUGGCGAGCGUACAGUUACACUCAAGAAUAUAAUAAUUUGCUACCAACUAUUAGGCAAUGUGCUAGACAAGUUUAGUGGUAGCCGUAUAGAAAUGAAAUGGUUAAAAGACAACAUCUCAUAUCUCGACAACUCAUCUAGUGCAGUUGAAAACAACAAUUUGUGUAACCAUACGUAUUGAGGUUAAUCGAAGGUCUUCUAAUGCCAGAUAAAUC